AUGUCGCCCAGCACGAUUUCGAUACGUGUUGGAAUUCUACACGUCAACCUCUCGUUGAAAGAGUCGUCUCUGUCGAUUCAGAGGCCGACAAAGUCUAAACCCACAGCCCACCAUGACAUUGCACAUAAAUAUAUUCUACGGGCAACUCUCGACGAUAAAAUAAACACUUUGAAGGUCGCAUAUUUGACGAAAAAGAAAAACAGAGGUUACAUUCUGGCAACGUUGGAAGGCAUUGUUGGGAAGUCCGAGGUCGCAAAAGCCUCAGAAUGGGCAGAGAAUUUGAUGAAGGUCGUGUACGAUGAUGCUGGACUUAAGCGUUCCCGAAGGCUGCUGGUGUUCGUCAAUCCAUUCGGAGGCACCAGCAAGGGCGCCUCUUUAUUUGCGAAGAAAAUCGAUCCCGUCUUCAAGAAUGCAGGCUGCAGUGUAGAAGUUAUUCACACCACUCACCAAGGCCAUGCCCUUGAGGUAGUCAAGUCUUUGACGGCGGAAUACGACGCCAUAAUUACCGUGUCGGGUGAUGGUUUGGUUCAUGAGGUCCUCAACGGCUUGGCUCAACAUGCCGACCCUCUGAAGGCCCUUGCCACACCGGUAGCGCCAAUACCAACAGGUUCAGGAAAUGGGACGUCUCUCAAUUUGCUUGGAAUGGAGGAUGGAUUUGACAUCAUCGUCGCUGCGCUGAAUGCCGUCAAGGGUAAACCCAUGAAAGUGGACUUAUUCUCUGUGACGCAGGGAAGCAAACGCAGCAUAUCCUUCAUGUCCCAGUCCCUUGGUCUGAUGGCUGACCUGGAUCUUGGGACUGAACACCUUCGUUGGAUGGGCGACACACGAUUCAUGUAUGGCCUUUUACGCGGACUUGUGAAGUUCAAACCCUGUCCGGUCCAAUUGUCCUUCAAAGCUGCAGAGACUGACAAGGACAAAAUGGCGGAAUUUGUCCACGCGAGGAAGAAAGAAAUUACUGAGGGCAACGGCGUCGCGACGUCUUCUAUUGAUUCUGUCAGCGGGACCGUAGGCCCUUCACUGCCUCCCAUUGAACAUGGACCAGAUGACCAAGAGGGAUGGACCACUUUUGAUGAACCCAUCCUCUACGUCUAUGCAGGAAAGGGUCCAUAUGUUGGCCGUGACUUCAUGGCAUUCCCCGUCUCAUUGCCAGAUGAUGGUUUGAUCGAUCUAAUGGCGAUGUCGGCAGACUCAAGAGGCGACCUUAUCUCUGCAAUGGACGGUGCACCUCAGGGAAAUAGCUUUUGGCAUCCAAAGGUGCACUACGUGAAAGCGCAUGCGUACCGAAUAAAACCCUUAAAGAAGAAAGGCUACCUCUCAAUUGACGGCGAGCCAUUCCCGUUCGAAGAAUAUCAGGUCGAGGUACACAAGGGGCUUGGAACGCUCCUCAGUCCAUACGGGCAUUACGCUGCGCUAUUCGAACCUCGGAAACACAAAACCACUAAACAUAAGAAACACAGCAAGGAAGGCAAUCACAAGAACCAGUAG